GAACAUUAGCCUCUCUGGCAUGUCCACGGUUAGUCCAGCGAGGACAGAUCACAUUACGCCACAACAGGGAUAAUUAAAGCCGAAAUCUUCUUGGAGCCAAGCCUUUACCAUCAGUCAUGGAAACAUCUGUUGCAGUUUAAUAUUCUGAAUGGAAAAUGUUUAAAACAUGAACAAACACGUAUCUUUUCUGAGGAAUAGUGGAGUGCUCCAGGGUGUGAACAUCCUGCCUUCUGAAACAUUUGUUUUCUUUGCCAUGAUCAGCAUCACAAUAUGGUUUAUUAUGCCUCAAUUCUGUCCUGUGCAAGUGCAUGCACAGCUUGGAACAACCCCCAACAUUAAACAUAUUGUGGUUGGAAGAUGCUUUACUUACACCACAGUAGUCAACCCCAACUCAAGGUAUGACUGUGAAAAGAUUUGGAGACAUUUUGAGGAGGCAGUUGUUAAACAGUCUUCUUGUAAUGUGACAGUGGAACAUUAUAAUCGCAUGUUUAAUGUGAUGCCACAAAUCUGGCCUUGCAAUAGGUUCCUUUUCUGGAGUAAAACCAGAGCGUUGAUGCAUAGCUAUGCAGGUGUUUUUCGUCACUUCUGGACCCUGGAGGACACGCUGGUUGGUUACAUGUUCAACGACCUCAUUUGGUGUGGCCAAGAAGCGGACUCUGAUUUCGAUUUUAAUUCUUGUCCUGAGUGGUCAACAUGUAGAAAUCAUCCGGUCUUUUCCCUGUGGAGGCAGGCAUCACAAAACUUUGCGGAGAUGGCAUGUGGCAACAUCACCGUAUUACUGAAUGGGUCCAUUGUUAAUGCCUUCAAUAGAAAAAGCAUGUUUGGAAGUGUUGAAUUAGACAGCCUGAAUCCACAGAGGGUGGAAUAUGUCAACAUUAAGGUGGUGACUAAUUUGGAGGGGCCACAGAUAGAAUCAUGUAGCAAAGGAUCUAUUGUAGACCUAAUUCAAAUCCUUCAGUCCCGAGGUUUCCAUUGGACCUGUACAGACAGAGACCCGACCCUGAUGAUCCUUCAGUGUAUCCAGGACCCCAAACACUCCUUUUGCCAGACAUGCGCAAACACCCUUUUGCAACAAAAGAGCCUUACAUCCAACUGAGUCAACAAAACAUGUGAUGUUGUCUGAUACUGAUAUUUAAACUUUUGUUUACUUUGAUUGUAAAUCCACAAGUUGAUUAAAGAAACAGUCAGUACUGUAAAGACUGUCAGCCUGAAAUACAGUAGAGUUCAGAGACUGACAGCCCUUCUAUUAAAGCACAUCACUUCAUUAAUCCCAUUACACAGGAAACCUAUUUAGUUUUAACAGUAUCUGUCAUCUGAAAUCAAGAUCUCUUAGUUUAGUGUAAGUUCAUUUUAAGAAAACUCACCAAAGAUCAGCUCUGUUAUUAUCAUGCCUUGGAAUUAAAACAUUUUAGUAGUUUAAUAGUUUUUUUUUGUGUGUGACAAAAGAUUUGUCUCGUUUAACAUAUAAACAUGUUGAGAACCAGUUUGUCUCAACACACAGAAUGCAUAAAGAAAACAUUGCAGGCCUUGGCUUGUCCUGAAAAAUGCGUGGGUUUGUGUCAUUAUUGUCUCACAAGAGUGUCACAAGCCAGGAAUAACAAACUGGUUUAUUUUAAUGGUUAACCUUUCACUAUUAUUUAUCUGAUUCCAAUAAAGAUUUGAUCUUUGGUUCCCCCCCCCCCCCCCCCCCCCCCCCCCUGCAGCCAUUUCUUUUCAUUUUCAAUGUUUUUGAAAAAUUCCAAACAUCUUGACAUUCUGCCAAGUACUAACUAAAACAGACAUUUGCAUACAUGAGCUUUUUCUUUUGUCUAAAGAUGCACAUUACAGUUAAGUUCAACACAAUACCACUGACUUCAAUUAUGGACUUAACUGUAUUUCAGAGUUUUCUGAUAUGUCUGGAUUUAAGGAUGCUUUUCAAACCAGAGAUUAAAAUAUUAACUUUAUUUUUUUUGUUCUAAACAAAACAUUUUUAAUAAAAGGGUUGAAAACGUGUUCAUGCUUGCACAAUAACGCAUAUACAGCCUCUUUCUUGAGCCACAAAGGAGGCUCUUAUUGCUCUGGCUGUAGCUGAGACUGAGGACACUGUGGUCAAUUGUAUUUUGAAUAAAUUUAAUUCAUUUAAUUAUUUCUGUCCUGAAAACAGACAUGCUUGAUUGGUGCUACUAUAUUUUACAUAAUAUUUGUAUUUUUUCAUUUAAUUUGAUCUCAUUGUACCGUACCAAACUUUGGUGUUAAUCUGAAGUUAAUGCUGACUUUAAACAUGUUUCAAAUUAAUGCUCAUUGUUCAUAUUCUUUCCUCUAAUUUACUCCUCAGGCCACACUUGAACUUUGUGCCGACUGUGUUGUGCUAGUACUAGUACCACUGUAAGAACAAAUCAAUGACUAAGUAAAAAUACAAAAAAAGUGAAAGUGGAAAAACAUUUGCAAUCAAAUUUGUUAAUGACAAUGAAAUGAUGCUUUAAAAUAUUUUAAUGUUGGAUAAGUUGGAGCAGUUUUACCUCUAAUUUACCUAUGUGAGUCGUCUAAAUAAUAAACACAAAACAAUGUCAACAAAUAUGUCAGCAACUGCAGAUUGAAGGGAAAGAAAUUU